GCCCCCAAACCAGAAACCCCUACUUCAGACAUCCUCGCCACAGAGGAACCCAGACGAAACCCUCCACCAGAGGAGCAGGUAGUCACGACUAUAGAGGAUGAUAAGUAGGAGGUCCAGUCCAUAGUUACCGUGCUGGAGGAGGAAAAGGAAGGUAGAGCGAGAAGCACCAUUUCCCAAGAAAGCCUUGACUACUAUGGCCUGUCUUCCUUUUCUUGCUCCUGCUCAGCCUCCCUCCAGGAAUACCUCCUCCACCAGUGUUCCGUGCAGAGGAACUGCACCAGCCAGGAGAGGGAGCCAGAGGCACCCCCAGCACUAGGAACCGCCACCACCCCGUCACAGCAGCUUCCCAUGGCCACCCAGACCCCCCAGCAGCCCCACACUCGGGGAACAGCCCCAGGAGAAAGCACCCAGCAUGGCCCACUGACACCCCACCACAUUUUCCAUGGGUUGAGACUGAAGCAGUGGGAGAGGGAGAGCACUGCCCCACCUGGAUUCCAGCCAGACCUCCACCCUGCCCGGACCCAGCUCCAUUGACACCGCCACCCCUGCCGUGGAGCCUCCACACCAUGCCUCCUCCAAAGACCUGCCCGGCAAAAAACACCCCGUCACCGUUGCAGAGAUGAGCUGGGAGGAGAACAGACGGCCUGCUCCCCAGUGGCCCAGUGGAGCAGAGCUGGGGAGCCCCUCUAGAGAAGAGGCCCUGUCUGGAGGUCCAGCCUGCAGAACAAGACAACUUCCCGGUCAUCCACACCCCACGUGGCCCAUCCAUUCCCCCCUGCCCUCCCCGUCUCAACACCCACAGAGAUCCUCCUGAAAUGUUGAAAUAGCCAGUGCUUUCAAUUCCAUUUGAACACAGUCAGAUGAAUGUUUAGAUGGUGAUGUUUUGUCUUUUUGUUAUUGUAUUGAAGGUACCGAAGGCAAAUGAAGGAGAUGAAGAGGGGUUUCAACAUAACCAUCAUCAAACUGCACAACACGUCCAGGAUAGCAGAGGAGCAAGUGAGGAGUGGAGGGAGACCUACAAUGUGUUUGUUUAAAAUGUUACAUACAUACUACGUAGCCUAUCUUAAGAUGGAGUCUCAGACCAGUUUGAUACAGUUUUUACAUUUUGAAUAAUACAGUAAGAAUGUCAAGGCUGUCUUGUGAAAGGCUCUGGUGGGAUGUUAAUCACUCACAAUGGAAGGCAAGCUGUGAUUGGCAAUGUAUGGGAAUGGGGCUUGUGAGUGUUUGUGAUUGGCCAGCUCAUUAGUUUCCUGUCUCCCUAUAGGACCAGAGACAGAUUGAGUCCAUCCAGUCAUGACAGGGCCAGCUGGAGGACGUCACACAGCUGGUGCUCAACCUGUCCGUCAGUCAGCCAGCUGCAGAGCCAGGUAUACUACAUACCUUAUUGAAUACAAUUAAAUUGCCAAAAUGAUAUAGCCUAAUUAGCCUACUCUGUCUAUACAGAAUAAAUAAAAUCAUUUAAGGUUACUAAAGCAUGACUUGGCCACAGAGGAUCAUUAGGUUUAAAAUAAGUUGUGGGUUGUUUUAAAUCACAUUGCCUACAGUCAAAAGGAAAGGCAGUGAGCACGGCAAAUACCAAAUACAGUUGAAGUUGGAAGUUUACAUACACCUUUGCCAAAUACAUUUAAACUCAGUUUUUCACAAUUCCUGACAUUUAAUCCUAGUAAAAAUUCCCUGUCUUAGGUCAGUUAGGAUCACCACUUUAUUUUAAGAAUGUGAAAUGUCAGAAUAAUAGUAAAGAGAAUGAUUUAUUUCAGCUUUUAUUUAUUUCAUCACAUUCCCAGUAGGUCAGAAGUUUACAUACACUCAAUUAGUAUUUGGUAGCAUUGCCUUUAAAUUGUUUAACUUGGGUCAAACGUUUCGGGUAGCCUUCCACAAGCUUCCCACAAUAAGUUGGGUGAAUUUUGGCCCAUUCCUCCUGACAGAGCUGUUGUAACUGAGUCAGGUUUGUAGGCCUCCUUGCAGGUUAUGUCGAUAUAGGACUCGUUUUACUGUGGAUAUAGAUACUUUUGUACCCGUUUCCUCCAGCAUCUUCACAAGGUCCUUUGCUGUUGUUCUGGGAUUGAUUUGCACUCUUCGCACCAAAGUACGUUCAUCUCUAGGAGACAGAACGCGUCUCCUUCCUGAGCGGUAUGACGGCUGUGUGGUCCCAUGGUGUGUAUACUUGCGUACUAUUGUUUGUUCAGAUGAACGUGGUACCUUCAGGCGUUUGGAAAUUGCUCCCAAGGAUGAACCAGACUUGUGGAGGUCUACCAUUUUUUUUCUGAGGUCUUGGCUGAUUUCUUUUGAUUUUCCCAUGAUGUCAAGCAAAGAGGCACUGAGUUUGAAGGUAGGCCUUGAAAUACAUCCACAGGUACACCUCCAAUUGACUCAAAUGAUGUCAAUUAGCCUAUCAGAAGCUUCUAAAGCCAUUACAUCAUUUUCUGGAAUUUUCCAAGCUGUUUAAAGGCACAGUCAACUUAGUGUAUGUAAACCUCUGAGCUACUGCAAUUGUGAUGAAUUAUAAGUGAAAUAAUAUGUCUGUAAACAAUUGUUGGAAAAAUUACGUAUCAUGCACAAAGUAGAUGUCCUAACCGACUUGCCAAAACUAUAGUUUGUUAACAAGACAUUUGUGGAGUGGUUGAAAAACAAGUUUUAAUGACUCCAACCUAAGUGUAUGUAAACUUCCGACUUCAACUGUACAUUUUACCUCAAUUACCUCGACUAAACGGUGCCCCCGCACAUUGACUCUGUACCGGUAUCCCCUGUAUAUAGCCUCCCUACUGUUAUUUAAUUUUACUGCUGCUCUUUAAUUAUUUGCUAUUUGUUACUAAACCUUUUUUUUUUUUUUUUAUUUUUUUACUGCAUUGUUUGUUAAGGGCUUGUAAGUAAGCAUUCCACUGUAAUGUCUACACCUGUUGUAUUCGGUGCAUGUGACAAAUAAAUUUUGAUUUGAUCUUGUAUGCAAGAAGGCACUGAAGUAAAACUGCAAAAACAGCAAAGGAAUACACCUUUUGGCCUAAAUGUUUGGGGCAAAUUCUACCAAACACAUCACUGAGUAACUAUGUAAUUUUCAAGCAUUUUAGUGGCUGCAUCAUGGUAUUGGUAUGCUUGAUGUCGGCAAACACUGUGGAGUUUUUCAGGAUAAAAAUAAAUGUGAUAGAGCUAAGUGUGACAACCCACUUCCACGUUGUCUCUGUACUACUGUACUGUUUGUUGCUGUCACGACUUCCUCCGAAGCUGCCUCCUCUCCUUGUUCGGGCAGGCUUCGGCGUUCGUUGUCACCGGCCUACUAGCCACUGCCGCUCCUCAUCUCUUCAUUCCAUUUGUUUUGUCUUGUUUAUUACACACACCUGGUUCAUAUCCCAUCGUCAGUACCUGUACAAGUGUUCCCUCUGCCCCCUUGUCUUUGUGUGUGAUUGUUUAUUGUGGAGGUGAGAGAAGCUCAAUGGAGCUCCUUGUAUUUUGUAUCGCCGGGAAUAUUCCCUGUUUUCCUUGUUGUUUCCAGUGCGCCUGUUUUGUGCACCUGAGUGUUUUGACGUAUUACUGCGUAACUCUGUGCUUCUGAAUAAAUACUGUUAUUCUGUGAUUUACCCUCCUGCGCCUGACUCCUUCGAAAUCUCUCAUCACAGUUGCUACUUGGCUACCUGCCAAACUUUUUCGCUUUUAACUCUUAAUAACUAUACUGAACAAAAAUAUAUAUGCAACAUGUAAAGUGUUGGUCCCAUCUUUCAUGAGCAGAACUAACAGAUCCCAGAAAUGUUCCAUACGCACGAAAACCUUAUUUCUCUCAAAUUCUGUGCUGAAAUUUGUUUACAUCCCAGUUAGUGACCAUUUCUCCUUUGCCAAGAUAAUCCAUCCACCUGACACAUGUGGCAUAUCAAGAAGCUGAUUAAACAGCAUGAUCAUUACACAGGUGCAGGACAAUAAAAGGCCACUGAAACGCGCAGUUUUAUCACACAACACAAUGCCACAGAUGUCUCAAGUUUUGAGGGAACGUGCAAUUGGCAUGCUGACUGCAGCAAUGUCCACCAGAGCUGUUGCCAGAGAAUGUAAUGUUCAUUUCUCUACCAUAAUCCGCCUCCAGCGACAUUUUAGAGAAUUUGACAGUACGUCCAACCGGCCUCACAACCGCAGACCAUGUGUAACCAUGCCAACCCAGGUCCUCCACAUCCGGCUUCUUCAUCUGCAGGAUCGUCUGAGACCAGCCACCCAGACAGCUGAUGGAGUAUUGCUGUCUGUAAUAAAAAUUCAUUCUGAUGGGCUGGGCCUGGCUCCCAAGUGGAUGGGCCUAUGCCCUCCCAGGCCCACCCAUGGCUGCGCCCCUUCCCAGUCAUGUGAAAUCCAUAGAUUAGGGCCUAAUGAAUUUAUUUCAAUUGACUGAUUUCCUUAUAUGAACUGUAACUCUGCAAAAUCAUUGACCUGUUGCGUUUAUAUUUUUAUUCAACUUUUUCACCCCGGACGCUUUAUCUGGACAUCAAUUUAGAUCUGAAGGACCUCCUCCGGGCAAAAAAAAGCUUAGUAACAUUAUGCCUUCUCAUUGCAGUCGCUGUACUCUUAAUAUACAGGAGCAGUGGCGACCCGUCAUUCAGGGCAGGUCGGACAUGUUAUUGACAUUAACACGUGUCACAUAUCAGUUUGCAAACAAUGUAAAAAAAAAACAAUCUUUACGUUAAUAAAGCUGCAUACAAACUUGGUCUCUUUUUGGCUUUCUUGGGUAAGGCAGUUCCAAAAUGCAAGUGUUUCAGCCUAGCUCAGUGCUUUCUGCUGUUGUGGGGUAAGCAGCUGAAAAUACGGAGCGUAGGGGUUGGUAAUGUUCUCUAGUUGCGCCGUGAUUGGGUAACGUUCUCUAGUUGCGCCGUGAUUGGCUCAGUGUUCUGUCACUCAUGGGGACACUACGUCACCGCCAAAUCUAAGGGUAGAGCUCAAAUUCAAGCCCCUUGGGUGCUGCCAUAGAGUUCCAUUAGAAGUGCCCAUCCAAUAAGGCUCAAGGUCAUUGGCCACAGAUAAAAUGACGUCAAAUUACAUUAUAUCUACCGUAGCUUUGAUUGGACUGAUAAUGUCAACAUCAUACUUUCAAAAUCUUAGCUAGCAAGCUAGCAGUCAUCAUCAUGAAUCAAGUUGACAAUCUACUGGCAAAUGCUUUUUAAUCUUUGUCAUAUGAAGAGAACUUAUAGAUAAAACGUAUCGGUGCUCAUCGGCCAUUGGACAUAGACAUUACACAACAAGUUGGAAAUCGCAAAUUCAACAAUGAGUGGUUUGGAAGGAAUUAGUGGCCAACUGCAAGCAUUGCAAAGCAAUCACUAGCCUGCUAUUCAGUGGAGUGGGUUUGUGGUUCCAUGACUUCUGCUGCGCUCAAAACAAAUGGAGACUCAGAACUGGGAAAUCUGACUUCAGUGAGUUCAAGACAACUGGGAACUCGGAAAAAAAUAUGUUAUGAGCGGUCAUCCAACUCGGAAUUGCAAGUGGGGAACUCAGGCCUCUUUCUAGAGCUCCAACCUGAAGAUCACUGACGUCAUCAUGAUUCGACAUUGUUUUUUUCUGAGUUCCCAGUUGUUUUGAAAGCACCAUAAAUCCAGAGAAUUCCAGACUUUGAUGACAAAAUUUGCCCACGAAGGACCACCGCGCCACCUUCCUGUUCAAGUGAGCACAACAAGGUGAGUCCAAAAAUGUAUUGUAUGCUGCUGCAUAAAUUAUGUAAUAUGCCAGGGAGAUAUGUAUUCUGUAGCUAAGAAAGUAAUACUAAGUGUAUGUUGUGUAGUAAGUCCCUUUUCCCCCUCUUAAUUUCGCCUACUGUUCUGACUUGAUGGUGCACAUGUAGCCUAUAGCCUGUUUUAGGGAAAUGUAAUCAUUGAAUAUUGUAAGCGCUUUCAUUGUCUGCUUAUAUGCCCCCUUUAUUUAUCCUACGGUUCUGACUGUACAGGGAGAAUACUGUAAGAACGGCCCAUGUUCUGAAUUCUGUCGCUGUACAUUUCAAAAGUGCUGAACAAAGUUAUAUUGACUACGUCCGUCCUAGCUCGCUCAUUAAUGUCUUAAUCGAAAAUACAGAUUGCCUCUUAUCUGCUCGUCAUUCCCUUAUGCCUUAGUUUGUACAUCUCAAUUGUCAGUAGAAACCACAUUUGUUUAAGCAAGUCAGCCAUAUCAGCUCUGUUUUUUUUUUUUAAGGCAGUAAAUGUCGCUGCCAGACAAGGCUCCGCUGAUAGCCAGGUGUAGCAGUGGUAAGGUGUUGGGACUGCUGUUGGGACAGCUUUAUGUAGGCCCUAACAGUUUGUGGGCACCGUUUGUCACCGUUAUAGUGCAAUUAAUGUAUUGUUUAGCGUUGUGUUGUGUAGUGGUUUUGCUGGCAUGCAUAAAAAAAAUAGAAAAUAAUUGUUUGCCCCACCAAGAUUUACAUGCUAAAAUCGCCACUGUACAGGAGAACUAUUGCUGUAUGGUGAGGAUAGUCAAGUUGCACACUCGGCUUCAGACGCAAUCGUUAGGCAAGGGCAAUUUAAGUGUAGGAAAGGAUGAUGCAGCGUCUGUGCCACCAGCAAAUACAGGUAGUAGUGUUAAUCCCCCUGCACAGUCCUGCAGCCAAACAAUUGUCUCAUGGCUUCUGGAAAGAAAUGCUGUCAGCAUGCUCAACCGGUGUCACUCAUUCAGCCAAUAUAAACUUUCAACCGGUUUUCCCCACUAAGCAACAAGUCGGAGUCAGAGCCCAGCCUUCUCAGGUCUCUCCUCCACCCGUUACGGGGUCUGAGCCCCCAAGCCUCCCACCAUUAGUUCUGACAAAUUGAAAACCCUAGUCAUUGGAGACUCCAUUACCUGCAAUAUUAGACUUAAAAAUAAUCAAUAAUCAAGCGAUCAUACAUUGUUUACCAGGGGGCAGGGUUACCAACGUAAAGGCUAAUCUGAAGAUGGUGCUGUGGCUGAGGCUAAAACUGGAUUUGUGUAGAUGGUAUAGAGAUAUUGUUAUCCACGUUGGCACCAACGAUGUUAGGAUGAAACAGUCAGAGGUCACCAAGCGCAACAUUAAUUCAGUGUGUAACUUAGCUAGAAAGAUGUGUUGGCAUUGAGUAAUUGUCUCUGGCCCCCUUCCAGUUAGGGGAGAGAUGAGCUCUACAGCAGACAACUCAAUCGCUGGUUGAAAACUGUUUUCUUCCCCUCCCAAAAGAUAGAAUUUGUAGAUAACUGGCCCUCUUUCUGGGACAAGCUGGAGAGGUGCUCUCAUAUCUAUCAACAUAGACAGGGCUCUAACUCCUCUAGUUCCACAAUGAGAUAGGGGGCAGGCUGUUAGCCAGCCUGCCAGUUUAGUGGAGUCUGCCACUAGUACAGUCAGUGAAGUCAGCUCAGCUUUCCCCAUUGAGAACAUGUCUGUAUCUCAAUCUAGAUUGGGCAAAACUAAACAUGGCAGUGUUUGCCAUAGCAAUCUCACUGGAAUAGACCUCCUCCAUUACUGUCAUUAUUGAAAGAGAUUGUGAUAAUAGGACUACUUAAUGUUAGAUCCGUCACUUCCAAGGCAGCCAUAGUCAAUGAACUAAUCACUGAUCAUAAUCUUGAUGUGAUUGGCCUGACUGAAACAUGGAGCCUGAUGAAUUUACUGUGUUAAAUGGGGCCUCUCCUCCUGGUUACACUAGUGACCACAUCCCCCGCGCAUCCCGCAAAGGCGGAGGUGUUACAAACAUUUACGACAGCAAAUUUCAAUUUACGAAACAAAAUGACUGCAUUUUCAUCUUUUGAGCUUCUAGUCAUGGAAUCAAUGCAGCCUACUCAAUCACUUUUUAUAGCUAAUGUUUUCAGGCCUCUUGGGCCGUAUACGGCUUUCCUCGCUAAGUUCCCUGAAUUCCUAUCAAGCCUCGUAGUAAUGGCAGAUAAUAUCGAAAUAUUUGGUGACUUCAAUAUUCACAUGGAAAAGUCCACAGACCCACUCCAAAAGGCUUUCGGAGACAUCAUCGACUCGUGGGUUUUGUCCAACAUGUCUCUUGACCUACGCAUUGCCACAGUCAUACCGUGGAUCUAGUUUUUUUCCCAUGGAAUAAAUAUUGUGGAGCUAAAUGUUUUUUCUCAUAAUCCUGAACUAUCGGUCCACCAUCUUAUUACGUUUGCAAUUGCAACAAAUACAGUGCCUUGCAAGAGUAUUCAUCCCCCUUGGCGUUUUUCCUAUUUUGUUGCAUUACAACCUGUAAUUUAAAUUGAUUUUUAUUUGGAUUUAAUGUAAUGAACAUACACAAAAUAGUCCAAAUUGGUGAAGUGAAAUGAAAAAAAUAACUUGUUUCAAAAAAUUAUAAAAAAUAAAUUACGGAAAAGUGGUAAGUGCAUAUGUAUUCACCCCCUUUGCUAUGAAGCCCCUAAAUAAGAUAUGGUGCAACCAAUUACCUUCAUAAGCCACAUAAUUAGUUAAAUAAAGUCCACCUGUGUGCAAUCUAAGUGUUAAAUGAUCUGUCACAUGAUCUCAGUAUACAGUGGGGGAAAAAAGUAUUUAGUCAGCCACCAAUUGUGCAAGUUCUCCCACUUAAAAAGAUGAGAGAGGCCUGUAAUUUUCAUCAUAGGUACACGUCAACUAUGACAGACAAAUUGAGAAAAAAAAUCCAGAAAAUCACAUUGUAGGAUUUUUUAUGAAUUUAUUUGCAAAUUAUGGUGGAAUAUAAUUUAUUUGGUCAAUAACAAAAGUUUCUCAAUACUUUGUUAUAUACCCUUUGUUGGCAAUGACACAGGUCAAACGUUUUCUGUAAGUCUUCACAAGGUUUUCACACACUGUUGCUGGUAUUUUGGCCCAUUCCUCCAUGCAGAUCUCCUCUAGAGCAGUGAUGUUUUGGGGCUGUCGCUGGGCAACACAGACUUUCAACUCCCUCCAAAGAUUUUCUAUGGGGUUGAGAUCUGGAGACUGGCUAGGCCACUCCAAGACCUUGAAAUGCUUCUUACGAAGCCACUCCUUCGUUGCCCGGGCGGUGUGUUUGGGAUCAUUGUCAUGCUGAAAGACCCAGCCACGUUUCAUCUUCAAUGCCCUUGCUGAUGGAAGGAGGUUUUCACUCAAAAUCUCACGAUACAUGGCCCCAUUCAUUCUUUCCUUUACACGGAUCAGUCGUCCUGGUCCCUUUGCAGAAAAACAGCCCCAAAGCAUGAUAUUUCCACCCCCAUGCUUCACAGUAGGUAUGGUGUUCUUUGGAUGCAACUCAGCAUUCUUUGUCCUCCAAACACGACGAGUUGAGUUUUUACCAAAAUUUCUAUUUUGGUUUCAUCUGACCAUAUGACAUUCUCCCAAUCCUCUUCUGGAUCAUCCAAAUGCACUCUAGCAAACUUCAGAUGGGCCUGGACAUGUACUGGCUUAAGCAGGGGGACACGUCUGGCACUGCAGGAUUUGAGUCCCUGGCGGCGUAGUGUGUUACUGAUGGUAGGCUUUGUUACUUUGGUCCCAGCUCUCUGCAGGUCAUUCACUAGGUCCCCCCGUGUGGUUCUGGGAUUUUUGCUCACCGUUCUUGUGAUCAUUUUGACCCCACGGGGUGAGAUCUUGCGUGGAGCCCCAGAUCGAGGGAGAUUAUCAGUGGUCUUGUAUGUCUUCCAUUUCCUAAUAAUUUCUCCCACAGUUGAUUUCUUCAAACCAAGCUGCUUACCUAUUGCAGAUUCAGUCUUUCCAGCCUGGUGCAGGUCUACAAUUUUGUUUCUGGUGUCCUUUGACAGCUCUUUGGUCUUGGCUAUAGUGGAGUUUGGUGUGACUGUUUGAGGUUGUGGACAGGUGUCUUUUAUACUGAUAACAAGUUCAAACAGGUGCCAUUAAUACAGGUAACGAGUGGAGGACAGAGGAGCCUCUUAAAGAAGAAGUUACAGGUCUGUGAGAGCCAGAAAUCGUGCUUGUUUGUAGGUGACCAAAUACUUAUUUGCCACCAUAAUUUGCAAAUAAAUUCAUAAAAAAUCCUACAAUGUGAUUUUCUGGAUUUUUGUCUCUCUCAAUUUUUCUGUUUUUUCCCCACUUUAUAUACACCUGUUCUGAAAGGCCCCAGAGUCUGCAACACCAUUAAGCAAGGGGCACCACCAAUCCAGGCUCUGUCGCAGCCGGCCGUGACCGGGAGACUCAUGGGCGGCGCACAAUUGGCCCAGCGUCGUCCAGGGUAGGGGAGGGAAUGGCCGGCAGGGAUGUAGCUCAGUUUUGUGGGUUCGAUUCCCACGGGGGGCCAUUAUAAAAAAAAUAUAUAUGUAUUCACUAACUGUAAUUCGCUCUGGAUAAGAGCGUCUGCUAAAUAACUAAAAUGUAAAAUGUAAAAAUGUAAGCGGCACCAUGAAGACCAAGGAGCUCUCCAAACAGGUCAGGGACAAAGUUGUGGAGAAGUACUGAUGAAGGUUGGGUUACAAAAAAAUAUCAGAAACUUUGAACAUCCCACGGAGCACCAUUUAAAUCCAUUAUUAAAAAAUGAAAAGAAUAUGGCACCACAACAAACCUGCCAAGAGAGGGCUGCCCACCAAAACUCACACACCAGGCAAGGAGGGCAUUAAUCAGAGAGGCACCCUGGAUGCAGUCACACAUCGAAAAAAAAUAAAUAUGUGUCACAAGAAAUGAGCUCCCUGGUAUAUAGAAAAUACACGAGCCCUGAAACAAGCUUCCAGAAAAUUGGAACGGAAAUGGCGCUCCACCAAACUGGAAGUCUUCCGACUAGCUUGGAAAGACUGUACAGUGCAAUAUUGAAUAGCCCUCUCUGCUGCUCGGUCAGUCUACUUUUCCAACCUGAAUGAGAAUAAAAACAAUCCAAAAUGUAUUUUUGAUACUGUCGCAAAGCUAACUAAAAAGCAGUAUUCCCCAAGUGAAGAUUGCCUUCACUUCAGCAGUGAUAAAUUCAUGAACGUCUUAGAUGAAAAGAUCAUGAUCAUUAGAAAGCAAAUUAUGGACUCUCCAAAAGUCAGUUGUCCUGAGUCUGCACAGAACUGCCAGGACCUAGGAUCAAUGGAGGCACUCAAGUUUAAUCCUGUAUCUCUCGACACAUUCACGAAAAUAGUCAUGGCCUCUAAACCUUCCAGCUGUCUACUGGACCCUAUUCCAACUAAACUACUGAAAGAGCUACCUCCUGUUCUCCGGAUGGGUACCAAACUCACUAAAAGUGUCAGUAAUAAAGUCUCUCCUGUAAAAGCCAAACCUUGACCCCAGAAAAUUUCUGCAACUAAAAUCGGCCUAUAUCGUAUCUCCCAUUCCUCACCAAGAUUUGGGAAAAAUCUGUUGUGCAGCAACUCACUGCCUUCCUGAACACAAAUAAUGUAUACAAAAUGCUCCAGUCUGGUUUUAGACCCCAUCAUAGGACUGAGACUGCACUCGUGAAGGUGGUAAAUUACCUUUUAAUAGCAUCAGACCAAGGCUCUGCAUCUGUCCUCGUGCUCCUAGACCUUAGUGCUGCUUUCGACACCAUCGAUCACCACAAUCUUUGGAAACACUAAUUGUUUUUGCCUGGUUUAUAUCUUAUCUGUCGGAAAGAUAUCAGUUAGUCUCUGUGGAUGGUUUGUCCUCUGACAAAUCAAUGGUACGUUUCGGUGUUCCUCAUCAGGACCACUAUUGUUUUCACUAUAUAUUCUACCCCUUGGUGAUGUCAUUGGGAAACACAAUGUCAACUUUCACUGCUAUGCGGACGACACAAAGUUGUACAUUCCGAUUAAACAUGGUGAAGCCCCAAAAUUGCAUGUUUCAGACAUAAGGAAGUGGAUGGCGGAAAAUGUUUUACUUUUAAACUCGGACAAAACAGAGAUGCUAGUUCUAGGUCCCAAGAAACAAACAGAUCUGCUGUUUGAUCUGACAAUCUUGAUGGUUGUACCAUUGUCUUAAAUAAAACGGAAGGACCUCGGCAUUACUCUGGACCCUGAUCUCUCUUUUGACAAACAUAUCAAGAAUAUUUCAAGGCCAGUUUUUUUCCAUCUUCGUAACAUUGCAAAAAACUAACUUUUUGUCAAAAGAUUAUGCAGAAAAGCUAAUCCAUGCUUUUGUCACUUAUAAUUUAGAUUAGACUGCUGCAAUGCUCUACUCCCCGGCUACCCAGAUAAAGCACUAAAUAAACUUCAGUUAGUGCUAAAUACGGCUGCUAGAAUCUUGAAUAGAACCAAAAUAUUUGAUCAUAUUACUCCAGUGCUAGCCUCUGGCUUCCUGCUAAGGCUAGGGCUGAUUUCAAGGUAUUACUGCUAACCUACAAAGCAUUACAUGGACUUGCUCCUACCCAUCUCUCCCAUUUGGUCCUGCCGUACAGUGCAUUCGGAAAGUAUUCAGACCCCUUGAGUUUUUCCAUAUUUUGUUACUUUACAGCCUUAUUCUAAAAUUGCUUAAAAGCAUUUUUUUAAUGCAAUUUACACACAAUACCCCAUAAUGACAAAGCGAAAACAGGUUAAGACAUUUUUGCAAAUUUGUUUAAAAUAAAAAAAACAGAUACCUUAAUUAAAUAAGUAUUCAGACCCUUUGCAAUGAGACUCGAAAUUGAGCUCAGGUGCAUCCUGUUUUCAUUAGUCAUCCUUGAGCGGUUUCUAUAACUUGAUUGGAGUCCACCUGUGGUAAAGGCAAUUGAUUGGACAUGAUUUGGAAAGGCACACACCUGUCUAUGUAAGGUCCCAACGUUGACAGUGCAUGUCAGAGCAAAAACCAAGCCAUGAGGACAAAGAAAUUGUCUGUAGAGCUGUUGGGGCACAGAUCUGGGGAUGGGUACCAAAACAUUUCUGCAGCAUUGAAGGUCCCCAAGAACACAGUGGCCUCCAUCAUUCUUAAAUGGAAGAAGUUUGGAACCACAAAGACUCUUCCUAGAGCUGGCCUCCCAGCCAAACUGAGCAAUCGGGGGAGAAGGGCCUUGGUCAGGGAGGUGACCAAGACCCCUAUUGUCACUCUGACAGAGCUCCAGAGUUCCUCUGUGGAGAUGGGAGAACCUUCCAGAAGGACAACCAUCUCUGCAGCACUCCACCAAUCAGGCCUUUAUGGUAGAGUGGCCAGACGGAAGCCACUCCUCAAUAAAAGGCACAUGACAGCCCGAUUGCAGUUUGCCAAAAGGCACCUAAAGGACUCUCAGACCAUGAGAAACAAGAUUCUCUGGUCUGAUGAAACAAAGAUUGAACUCUUUGGCCUGAAUGCCAAGUGUCACAUCUGCAAGAAACCUGGCACCAUCCCUACGGUGAAGCAUGGUGGUGGCAGCAUUAUGCUGUGGGGAUGUUUUUCAGUGGCAGGGACUGGGAGACUAGUCAGGAUCGAGGGGAAAAUGAACGGAGCAAAGUACAGAGGGAUCCUUGAUGAAAACCUACUCCAGAGCACUCAGGACCUCAGUCUGGGGCGAAGGUUCACUUUCCAACUGGACAACGACCAUAAGCACAUAGCCAAGACAAUGCAGGAGUGUCCUUGAGUGAACAAACCAGAGCCCGGACUUGAACCUUAUCGAACAUCUCUGGAGAGACCUAAAAAUAGCUGUGCUGCGACGCUCCCCAUCCAACCUGACAGAGCUUGAGAAGAUCUGCAGAGAAGAAUAGGACAAACUCCCCAAAUAGAGGUGUGCCAAGCUUGUAGCGCCAUACCCAAGAAGACUCGAGGCUGUAAUCGCUGCCAAAGGUGCUUCAACAAAGUACUGAGUAAAGGGUUGGAAUACUUAUGUAAAUGUCAUAUCAGUCAUAUUUGCAAAAAUGUCUAAAAACCAGUUUUUGCUUUGUCAUUAUGGGGUAUUGUGUGUAGAAUGAUGAGGGGCAAAAAACAAUUUAAUCCAUUUUAGAAUAAGGCUGUAACGUAACAAUAUGUGGAAAAAGUCAAGGGGUCUGAAUACUUUCCGAAUGCACUGUACAUACGUACACGUACGCUCAGUCUAGACCUUUAAGUCUUUACUGAAUCUCUUCAGUAGGUCCUAUGAUUGAGUGUAGUCUGGCCCAGGAGUGCAAAGGUGAACAGCAAGGCACUGGCGUGAGGAACCGCCCAUGCUGUCUCUGUCUGGCCAGCUCCCCUCUCGCCACUGGGAUUCUCUGCGUCUGACCCUAUUAAGGGCUAAGUCACUGGCUUACUAGUAAAAAAAAGUAACACAAUAAAAUAACAGUAACCAGCCUUUAUUCAGGGGGUACCGGUACCGAGUCAAUGUGCGGGGGUACAGGUUAGUCAAGGUAAUUGAGGUAAUUUGUACAUGUAGGUAGGGGUAAAGUGACUAGCACAAUUGGUUAGGAGCCCAUAAAACGGCAGCCAUCCCCUCCGGCACCAUUCUCAACAAUGAUUAAGAGUUAUUUCCAAGCAGUCUCUGGAGCCAAACCCUUUAACGACAGUCUUGACUACUUUGCGAUUGCAUUGGGCAGACCCCCCCAAAAAGCCUAGGGGGUUACCCUCCCCCUUACUCCCUCAGGUAAGUAUUGGGCAUGUGAAAGUGACACACUGCAACACACUGCACACUGAAUUAUUCUGAUAUGGCACUGCAACAUAUAAGGUAUGACAGUGAUUAAUCAGUUGUAAAAAUAUUUUAUAUGAGCUAUGAUGGGCCCAGGUUUUCCUAAUCAGGUCAUGUGGGUUUAAAAAAAAACUCCUGGCCCUGGGGAGGAUAAAAAUCCAGUCAAACUGCAGCAACCUUAUACUUGUUCAUAUUCAUUCGUUAUAUUUAGACUAGACUAACAGGGGGUUUCCUCUACCAAGACACAGAGAUAACAACUGAUAGACAAUAGAACUCACAGGACUGAGUUUGCUUUAUGCAUGUUUGCAUCAUGCAGGCCUAUGCAACUGUAGGCCUAAUUUAAAAUGUACUCACAGUCUAUGUCAUCAGUCUGUCAUCACUAUUAUGUUGAUUGAUUAAUUCCAAUUAAUAAUUUGGGAUUGAAAAUGUAUAGGUAAUCUAGCCAGCCCAACAAAAUUUGAUAAUAUUCACAUUUUCUCCUGACAAACAAAAUGGACUAUAAAUACAUAACGUUACCGAUUUGUUUACCCUGACCAGAUGGACAAAGAGCGCAACACAUACACACUGAACUAUGCUCAACUCUCCUGUGCUGGUUCAGCCAGCCUUCCAGAAGCUUUGCCUUCACACAGCCUAUCAGCCCGCUCUGUGGUCUCCACAUGGUCCUAAAUCCAGCCAUCAGAACACUCCAAACAGCCUACCCUACUGUUCGGAGGCGUCCGCAUGGUCCUAAAGCACACCAUUGCCACAUUUUGAAUCACAUUGCAAUGAUACAACUGGGGGAGACAAAAAUGCUAUUUCAGAAUGUGGGGGGGACAUGACCCCCCGCCCCAGUGAAAGUUGCACCCCUGACAAAAAUACAUACAGUUACACAUGUGUUUUUUUAUGUUGUGGCUAUUGUAAUCUAAUCAUCUCUAAGGAAAAGAAAAUGGGCUGAGACAGUGAAAACUGUCAUUUAUUUUCAGUCAAAGGUUCUUCUACAGAUUUUAUAUGUUCCGCCUCUUGCAAUUACCUUAGGGAGCCCCCCUAGAUUUGACUCCAAAUCCAUUAUGGCUGCCACAAUACCAUUAAAUGGUGGUUUAAUCACCUGUAUAGAUACGUUCCCUUUCAGUUGGUCACUCGGUAUAACAUACUAUGGAGAGUCAACGACCAAUCCUAUUCACCUUAAGCAAACUGAAAUCACGCCCAAUGGAUGCUGAGUCUGCCCUCGGAAGCCCCACCUUCCUGGCUAUAAUACAUGGGUUCAACGUCCAUUGGGCGUCGGGCUGACUUUGUGAGGAAGAUUGAGGCUGCUGGCGAAAGGCCUCCGGUGAGGCAACCUCAGGAAUGGCGUUGUCUGAGGCCGACGGAGAGCAGCAGCGGUGGUCGUAGUUGAUAGGGGCGUCAUCCCAGCCGAGUGAGGCUCAUUCUGCUUUCUCUGGCAGUGUUCAGUCCUGAUUCCGGGGGUGAUAAUAGUAUACCUGGUUGGUUCUGCAAGGUUUUCAGAGUGUGAAUCAGAUGACAUCAGUCCGGGGCAGCCUGAAGCCCUGGGUUUGGAGUGGGAGAGUCAACCAUUGGUGGUUAAUGUGCCUUUGUUGAGGCUGUGUCGUAUGGCAGCUGAUCACCUGGGGGUGGAUUGGCCAUCUUCUCCCCCUCAGCCGAGUUCCUCCAGGUUUGGGGGAAGGUUUUUACAUCCUGUCCCUGCAGUGGUGAAGCGUUUUUAUAUCCUGCCGCCCAGGAGUGUAUUGUUUGCAAUGCUCUUUGCAAAUAAUUACAUCAUAGACAUCCUUAUGAAUCUAAGCAUGGCACUUUCAAAAGUUACCUUACCACCCAGACAGAGGCUCUACCGACGCAGAAAAAUGUAAGCUUCAACUGCUGGCUACUCGUCCGUUGUAUAAAACCAACAACAGAACUGCUUCCCUAAAAGCUGCCUGGGUUUAAACAAACAUCUUCUCUUUUCAGAAAGAGAAAAGCUCAAUUAAUAGGGAUAGAAUAGCAAAGUCCAUUUUGUUUAUCUCCUCGAAUAUUAUAGGCUGCAGCUCAGCUUCAGAAUGUCAUAGAGAGGAAUCAAUAUAUCCCCACAUGCAUCGGACUCACGUCUUUCGCGGGCAUUUUAGAGCUUGUUUCUACCAUAAGGCAUCACCGAGUUAAGCAUCCUUAUAGAACGCUUGAUAUAAUUUGGAUACGUUUUAUGCAUUUAUUUCAAAAUAUAAAGCAAACAAUAGAUAUCCUUUUUGCCCUUUUCUUUAACAAAGGGUAUGUGAUACCCUCACUCAAUUCGAGCCCUGGUUUUAACCAAACACACCAAGCCCUUCCCAGGCACGGUGGUAUUUAAUCAGUGCAUGCGACAGUAUUGGAGUAUUUGGCUAUACCGACAUCUAUGGAUAGCAUAAUUGUGUCUGUCAAACAGGUAGGCUUACCAAUUAUUUUUUGGAAUAGGAAGAAAUAGGCUCCAAUUAUACAGUUGAAGUUGCAAGUUUACAUACACUUAGGUUGGAGUCAUUAAAACGUUUUUUUCAACCACUCCACAAAUGUCUUGUUAACAAACUAUAGUUUUGGCAAGUCGGUUAGGACAUCUACUUUGUGCAUGACACAAGUAAUUUUUCCAACAAAUGUUUACAGACAGAUAUUUCACUGUAUCACAAUUCCAGUGGGUCAGAAGUUUACAUACACUAAGUUGACUGUGCCUUUAAACAGCUUGGAAAAUUCCAGAAAAUGAUAUCAUGGUUUAGAAGCUUCUGAUAGGCUAAUUGACAUAAUUUGGAGGUGUACCUGUGGAUGUAUUUCAAGGCCUACCUUCAAACUCAGUGCCUCUUUGCUUGGCAUCAUGGGAAAAUCAAAAGAAAACAGCCAAGACCUCAGAAAAAAAAAUUGUAGACCUCCACAAGUCUGGUUCAUUCUUGGGAGCAAUUUCCAAAUGCCUAAAGGUACCACGUUCAUCUGUAUAAACAAUAGUACGCAAGUAUAAACACCAUGGGACCACACAGCCUUCAUACCACUCAGGAAGGAGACGCGUUCUGUCUCCUAGAGAUUAACGUACUUUGGCGCGAAGAGUGCAAAUCAAUCCCAGAACAACAGCAAAGGACCCUGUGAAGAUGCUGGAGGAAACAGGUACAAAAGUAUCUAUAUCCACAGUAAAACGAGUCCUAUAUCGACAUAACCUGAAAGGCCACUCAGCAAGGAAGAAGCCACUGCUCCAAAACCGCCAUAAAAAAGCCAGACUACGGUUUGCAACUGCACAUGGGGACAAAGAUUGUACUUUUUGGAGAAAUGUCCUCUGGUCUGAUGAGACAAAAAUAGAACUGUUUGGCCAUAAUGACCAUCGUUAUGUUUGGAGGAAAAAGGGGGUCGCCUGCAAGCCGAAGAACACCAUCCCAACCGUGAAGCACGGUGGUGGCAGCAUCAUGCUGUGGGGGUGCUUUGCUGCAGGAGGGACUGGUGCACUUCACAAAAUAGAUGUCAUCAUGAGGAAGGAAAAUUAUGUGGAUAUAUUGAAGGAACAUCUCAAGACAUCAGUCAGGAAGUUAAAGCUUGGUCGCAAAUGGGUCUUCCAAAUGGACAAUGACCCCAAGCAUACUUCCAAAGUUGUGGCAAAAUGGCUUAAGGACAACAAAGGCAAGGUUUUGGAGUGGCCAUCACAAAGCCCUGACCUCAAUCCUAUAGAAAAUCUGUGGGCAGAACUGAAAAGCCGUGUGCGAGCAAGGAGGCCUACAAACCUGACUCAGUUACAACAGCUCUGUCCGGAGUAAUGGGCCAAAAUUCACCCAUCUUAUUGUGGGAAGCUUGUGGAAGGCUACCCAAAACGUUUGACCCAAAAUAAACAAUUUAAAGGCAAUGCUACCAAAUACUAAUUGAGUGUAUGUAAACUUCUGACCUACUGGGAAUGUGAUGAAAGAAAUAAAAGCUGAAAUAAAUCAUUCUCUCUACUAUUAUUCUGACAUUUCACAUCCUUAAAAUAAAGUGGUGAUCCUAACUGACCUAAGACAGGGAAUUUUUACUAUGAUUAAAUGUCAGGAAUUGUGAAAAACUGAGUUUAAAUGUAGUUGGCUAAGGUGUAUGUAAACUUCCGACUUCAACUGUAUAUCCUAACGUGACUUUGUCUGGUAGAGACUCUGACUCAAAACUCAAAAGGACUGACAGUGACUCCCCUGUUUUACCACACUCCCCACCGGGUCUGCGUCGCACCAAACUGUGGGCAUCACAAAUGGCAGGAAUUUUGAACUUCAAUUGCUCCACCUCCAACCUUAACGCUACCCCAGAAAUCACUCCAUUCAAUGGUGCCCUGUUCCUAAGAGCAAAGAAAAAAACAGAUCUUGACCCAAGUUGCGUGACACGGAGCGGAUCGCCUGCUCCCUCUGGUCAGAAGAAACACACACAAAUAUCACAAGUCCACUAGAGGUUACCUUCACUGAUUCAACUGCACCCAACUCUUUUCUCACCCACCCUGAAACCACAAAUGGAUCCGCCAAAAGGCAAAGGUCCACUUUCUCCAAAAAUGUCACUCCUACUGGACCAGAUUCUUCUUUAUCGUGUCCAAUGAUGCCAAGCUCGGGUUCCAAACUCUUCACCACACCUUCCACCUCACUUAACUUGCCCUCAUUCACUUCCAUUUCACCUCCAGAACUCAGUCUGGUGCAUGGCUCACUCUGUUUGCACUUCACACCAAUCUUCUUUGACACCCCAUCUCCAUUUUUAUCACACUCAGAUUCAAAUCCAACCUCUGCUUUCCUCAUUCUCUUCAACCUCCUCUUCCUCCUUUUCCACCUCCAUUCCUCCUCAGAAAUCCAAGGUUCAAUGUCCCUGUCCCAAUAUUUCUGUUCUUGUUCCAUGAUUCCUCCUACAACCUCAAGUCUCUCAGCGAAGCAGCAGCACACUGAGCAAAAAAGCUAACAACAAUUGUUUUAGUGGUAGCAAAACGCAGCCAGCCAUGUGGACGAUUGGAAGACUUCCACCAGACUGACUCUGGUCUUCCAACAUUGCGCCUGGUGUGGUUGCUAGGUGAUUUGUGACUCAACUGCAAGGCUUCUAUAGUGUGCUACUGCAGGAACGCCCCCCCUCGAGCACCCAUUUGUUUUCAUCCUGCCAUGAUUGGAAAAGGUUAUGAUUACAAAAAUCCAUGUUUCUAUGUUAAAUUUUAUUUAGUUAUAUAUUCAGUCCUGUUGUCAUGUACUUGAUGUUAUAUAAAGUGUAUUCAUGACUAGGUAUAGAAAAAACUAAAUUUUGUAAAUCAAUUCCAACUCUAUAUCUGACAUUGUCAUAAUUUUGAGCAGGCUUCAAUUCGCAAAAGGUGGAUGUAUCUUCUCUCCUGUGUUUCUAAUUUCGCUAAUCGCAACAGGCGAAAGUCCAAGCGAGUGAAACAGCGCCCCUCUGUCUCUGUAUGUGUAGACCAUCUAUCUGAUGCGGUCUGGUCAUAAAGAGUAUGACAAUGUUGCGUCAGUAGCAUUGAACGCAAGGUAAACCAGCGAGCAUUUGGCAUACCUUGAUUUUAAAAAAGUAUAAAAUAAUAGCCAAUCAGCGUUGAGCUAAACUGAGUGAGCUCAACUGUGAAUGGUCCUGGCCCACCAGAGUGCCAAGGGAAGCCAGUUUGGAUUUAUCUUCACUCCUAUCACAGAGAAAUACGUCAAUCGAUAGAAACAACUUGAAUUGUUGCAUCUCGUUGUGUUGUUGUCCUCUGGGGGCUAGCUAGCUACAAUUGGCCGUUCCUAAAUUAGCCAUGGAUGGAGAUAGGGAUUUGGACUGGUUUUACUUAAUUCUCUGUCCUGGCCAAUGAUUAUAAUGGCGAUUUUGAUCCAACCAUAAAAUACAUUGUGCCCCUGGACCAAGAGGAUGGAAGUUCAAUAUGUAGCUAGAUGUAGAAGGAUAAUGUUAACUAGCUAACGUUGCCACAGGUGGACUCCAAUCAAGUUGUAGAAACAUCUCAAGGAUGAUCAAUGGAAACAGAAUGCACCUGAGCUCAAUUUCGAGUCUCAUAGCAAAGGGUCUGAAUACUUAUGUAAAUAAGGUAUUUCUGUAUAAAUAAUAAAUAAAAAAAAUCUAAAAAACAGUUUUCGCUUUGUCAUUAUGUGUGUAGAUUGAUAAGAAAAUGUUUUAUUUAAUACAUUUUAGAAUAAGGCUGUAACGUAACAAAAUGUGGAAAAAGUCAAGGGGUCGGAAUACUUCCCGAAUGCACUGUAUAUCCCGGUCGCAAGGCAUAUGAACUAACAGGGAAUACCCUUACGAAAAAAGAUUGCAGUCAGAGUGCAGUAUAACUGCAGUAUGCUGCAAAUACUGCGUUCAAUAUAACACCUUUUUUUACUGCAGUAAUUUUGCAGUGUAACUGCAGUUAGAGUGCAGUAUAACUGCAGUUCAACUGCAGUUCAACUGCAGUGCAGUGUUAUUCUGCAAUUACUGCGUCCAAAAUACCACAGUCGACUGCAGUUACUGCACUUUUACUGCAGUUUCAAAACUGCAAUCUUUUUUUGUAAGGGUAGAGCAAACAAUGCAAUUAUCACAACACAUAUGUUGUAAUAUUGCUUUUUCUUCUGGUUUCGCUCCCCCGCUGAUUCUACCCACACACCACUACUGGACAUGGUACAGGUGUCUUCUUUUUUUUUAAAGCCCAUAACCAUGUGUGUUAGGUGUAUACUUUUGUUUCAAAAGACUACCAAGAAUCACUCAAUUGCACCCUUCUCACAAAUCCUGCGACCAGUGAUAUAUAUAUUUUUUAAACUCCUCCCUCAACCGGGAUCGAUCAACUUCACGUUUUUCUGCUUAGGCCUGGAAAGGCUAUAAGGACAUGCCUGACGCCCAAACCGAUAGUUCAUUUAAGAAUGUAUUAAAAUUAGGUUACGGUUAGGGUAAGUGCUAGGGUCAGGGUUUGGGUUAGGGUUAAGGUAAGAGUGGGUUUGCUAGUCGGUUUAAGCGGCAGCUGUGUCCAUAUAGUCUCUCCCCUUCGCCAACCACCUUUGAUUGAGAAACACUCUUUUCACACCACUUCGAUACCGAAGUGACUUUUUUGUAGGUUAGGAUAAUUAAUACAGCGGGUUAGCGAAAAUGAUCUCCUGCUACGAAAAUCAAUUGGUUUAGAAGGUGCGUGAAAAGUGUCCUAUCUUUGAUUAGGUCAUGGGAUGAGAGGGUCGGUUUUUGGUGUCCAGCAGAUGGCGACAAUUCCACAGUAAAUGAGGAUCGCUACCAUGACAACCACUCAAGCCACUCUCGUACGGUGCAGUUUGUUGUUGGAUGUGAAGCAGUGAAGCAACUUUUCUUGACCAAAAUGGAGCCACUGCCAGCUUCAUUUUACGGGAAAAUUAAUAAAAGAAACCCAGUAAUAUCAGCGUUUGAUGGAGACAUAAAGAAGUUUAUGUCAUUUAUUAAACGAAUUAGUACUUUGCCAACCUACGACCACAACUCCUACGCAAGAGGGUGAGACAUUUCCUGGCUAUAUCCAAAUCAAGUGUCACGUCGUUAGCUAACGUUAACGUAGCUAACGUUAGCUAUCUUAUUCUUGUUUGAAAACUAGGCCUAACGUUAGCUAGCUAGCAGUAACUUCAGUUUACUUGCAAGCUAGCAGCCUGCUAUGUGAAUUUCUCCAGCCAGAAGAGGACUGGCCACCCCUCAGAGCCUGGUUCCUCUCUUGGUCUCUUCCAAGGUUCCUGCCUUUCUUGGGAGUUUUUCCUACCCGCUGUGCAUCUACAUCUGCAUUGCUUGCUGUUUUGGGUUUUAGGCUGGGUUUCUGUAUAAGCACUUUGUAACAUCUGCUGAUAAAAAGGGCUUUAUAAAUACAUUUGAUUUUAUUCUUUUCCUCCAAUGUAUGUAACGUUAACAGUGCCAAAACUCUGUUUGAGAUAUGGAACAAGUACAAACCUCGACUACCAACCAACUACUAUGAAGAACACAUGCUGCAAAUGGCAGAUUUUCUUUUUGGCAUCAAGGUUUGUUUGCAUUCCUUUCUUCUCUCAUUACUCACUCACUCACUCACUCACUCACUCACUCACUCACUCACUCACUCACUCACUCACUCACUCACUCACUCACUCACUCAGUCACUCACUCAGUCACUCACACACACAGCUAGCUACAUAUAUUUGAUUUGACCGCAAGGAUUCCCUGCCACACCCAAUCCGUUGUAUUACUUUCUUCUCUGUUAGUUCAAACUCCGUUUUUUUUUUUCUCUCUCCAGUUAUACAGGCUGGGUCAAUGGCAGGGCUACAGUCGCUACCUGCAGCAGUUCAGCACUGUGACCAUAGAGGACAUUAGGGAUGUUGACCACUUCAGGACCUCCUUCUUCCCCAAGGGGUUCGACACAGACCAAGCCAAGCUGACGGUGAGGACAGUGUGUGUGUGUGUGUGUGCUUGUGUGUGUGUGUGUGUACGUUUGUGUCUGUGUUUGUGUCCUUGUAUCCGUGGAUCUGUGUUCAGAAUGAAACAAAGCAGACAAGAACACAUCUCACACAAUGGGCUUGCCGUUUAUGUUGUAAUUGUUGUGACUGUCUCUACCCUCCACCUCUCUCUGUGUCUUACGUGUGUGUCUGUGGCCUGUGUGGCUGUUAGUUCCGGGCUCUGCAAGGCUACUGCCUGUGUGCCUUCCAGCUGGAGAGGGAAAGAGGGAGCCAGCCCACCCAGGAGGGGGUCCAGAGACUCCUCAGCAUCCUGGGGUUUGUCAGGAUCAUGAUGCAGGCCGUGCUUCCCCACGAACAUCUCUGCUGGCUUCUUUACAAUGGUACAGUAAUACAGGAGCAAUUACAGUGGUAUAAGCAGGAUAUUGGCUGAAUCAAUGAUGUCUGAAGUUGUCAGUUGUGGUUCAGUGUUGUCUCUCUCUCUCUCUCUCUCUCUCUCUCUCUCUCUCUCUCUCUCUCUCUCUCUCUCUCUCUCUCUCUCUCUCUCUCCAGGUUCACUCUAUAUCUACAACAUCUGUAGAUACCUGAUGUCCAUGAGCCGCGCUGCACAGGUGCACAGUCUAACAAUUACAUUUAUUUCCAUGGUGCAUGUGAUUGUUGGUAAAUGCGUCUGUUGUCCCUUCCUCCCCCCCAGGCUAUGGAGUUCCUGCUGUGGGCCUGUAUCUGUCUGGAGACCUCCAUCCCACUGACGACUGCCAGGUUCCUGGCCUGGAGGGCCACUCUGUACUGUGCUGUGUGCCAGUGCUACUACGACAGCCAAGCCCAUGUUCAGGCAGAGGUGUUUGCACGGCGAGCCCUGGGUAAAGUCAGUGAGCUGGGCAAGCUGGAAGAGAUGAGUGGUCUACCCUCUACCACUGAGACUCAGAGAGCAUACAAAGUGGCCACCAUUAAGGUAUGGGACAGGUUGAUUCAAAACAUUGAAAGUUUUGUCCAGUGUCUAUCUACAUACAGGUCCUAAGUAGGGAUGUGACAAAUGGAAACAAUUUCUUAACGUUUCAUCUUGACCUCAUGGCCUUAAUAGCAAAGACACACAUAAACUAUGCCAUGAAGACCAGAUAAACAGGAUUCAAUAAAAUGACUAGUACAACAGGCAUGAAUUACUAGCAUAUACAGUGCAUUCGGAAAGUAUUCAGACCCUUGCCUUUUUCCAAAUUUUGUUACGUUACAGCCUUAUUCUAAAAUUGAUUAAAUAAAACAUUUUCCUCAUCAAUCUACACACAAUACCCCACAAUGACAAAGCAAAAACAUGUUUGUAGAAAUUUUUGCAAAUGUAUUACAAAUAGAAAAUGGAAAUAUAAUAUUUGCAUAAUUAUUCAGACCCUUUACUCAGUAUUUUGUUGAAGCACCUUUGGCAGUGAUUACAGCCUCGAGUCUUCUUGGGUAUGACGCUACAAGCUUGGCACACCUGUAUUUGGGGAGUUUCUCCCAUUCUUCUCUGCAGAUCCUCUCAAGCCCUGUCAGGUUGGAUGGGGAGCGUCGCUGCAUAGCUAUUUUCAGGUCUCCAGAGAUGUUAGAAUGGGUUCAAGUCCGGGCUCUGGCUGGGCCACUCAAGGACAUUCAGAGACUUGUCCCGAAGCCACUCCUGUGUUGUCUUGGCUGUGUGCUUAGGGUUGUUGUCCGUUUGGAAAGUGAACCUACGCCCCAGUCAGGUCCUGAGCGCUCUGGAGCAGGUUUUCAUCAAGGAUCUCUCUGUACUUUGUUCCUGACUAGUCUCCCAGUCCCUGCCGCUGGAAAAUAAAUAACAGAAAUACCUUAUUUACAUAAGUAUUCAGACCCUUUGCUCUAAGAGUGGCACAGCAGUCUAAGGCACUGCAUCUCAGUGCUUGAGGUGUCACUACAGACCCCCUGGUUCGAUUCCAGGCUGUAUCACAACCGGCCGUAAUUGGGAGUCCCAUAGGGCGGCACACAAUUGGCCCAGCGUCGUCCGGGUUUGGCCGGUGUAGGCCGUCAUUGUAAAUAAGAAUUUGUUCUUAACUGACUUGCCUAGUUAAAUAAAGGUUAAAUAAAAAUAAAAUAAAAAAGACCUGAAAUUGAGCUCAGGUGCAUCCUGUUUCCAUUGAUCAUCCUUGAGAUGUUUCUACAAGUUGAUUGGAGUCCACCUGUGGUACAUUACAUUGAUUGGACAUGAUUUGGAUAGGCACACACCUGUCUAUAUAAGGUCCCAUAGUUGACAGUGCAUGUCAGAGCAAAGACCAAGCAAUGAGGUUGAAGGAAUUGUCCGUAGAGCUCCGAGACAGGAUUGUGUCGAGGUACAGAUCUGGGGAAGGGUACCAAAAAUGUCUGCAGCAUUGAAGGUCCCCAAGAACACAGUGGCCGCCAUCAUUCUUAAAUGGAAGAAGUUUGGAACCACAAAGACUCUUCCUAGAGCUGGCCGGCCGGCCAAACUGAGCAAUCAAGGGAGAAGGACCUUGGUCAGGGAGGUGGCCAAGAACCCGAUGGUCACUCUGACAGAGCUCCAGAGUUCCUCUGUGGAGAUUGCAGAACCUUCUAGAAGGACAACCAUCUCUGCAGCACUCCACCAAUCAGGCCUUUAUGGUAGAGUGGCCAGACGGAAGCCCCUCUUCAGAAAAAGGCACAUGACAGCCCGCUUGGAAUUUGCCUAAAGGGACCUUAAGGAGUCUUAGACCAUGAGAAACAAGAUUCUCUGGUCUGAUGAAACCAAGAUUGAACUCCUUGGCCUGAAUGCCAAGCGUCACAUCUGGAGGAACCCUGGCACCAUACCAUGGGUGAAGCAUGGUGGUGGCAGCAUCAUGCUGUGGGGAUGUUUUUCAGCGGCAGGGACUGGGAAACUAGUCAGGAUCGAGGGAAAGAUGAACGGAGCAAAAUACAGAGAGAUCCUUGAUGAAAACCUGCUCCAGAGCGCUCAGGACCUCAGACUGGGGUGGAGGUUCACCUUCCAACAGAAAAACGACCCUAAGCACACAGCCAAGACAACGCAGGAGUGGCUUCGGGACAAGUCUCUGAAUGUCCUUGAGUGGUCCAGCCAGAGCCCGGACUUGAACCCGAUCGAACAUCUCUGGAAAGACCUGAAAUAGCUGUGCAGCGACGCUCCCCAUCCAACCUAACGUCAUAACCAAGAAGACUCGAGGCUGUAAUCGCUGCCAAAGGUGCUUCAACAAAGUACUGAGUAAAGGGUCUGAAUGCUUAUAUAAAUUUGAUAUUUCAUAUUAUAUGUCUAAAAACCUGUUUUUGCUUUGUCAUUAUGCGGUAUUGUGUGUAGAUUGAUGAGGGGAAAAAAUCAAUUUAAUCCAUUUAAGAAUAAGGCUGUUUUAGAAUAAGUCAAGGGGUCUGAAUACUUUCCGAAUGCACUGGCCUAUAACCACAUGAAUGUUCUUUUAUUCUACUCAUCUACAGCUAUCUACAAUGGUGUUUAAACGGUCGGUGUAUGAACCCAGGAGGAAACCUAAAGGCCUCUUCAGAUCCAAGCAGAAGAGUAACCUCAAGGAGAUUCAGAGCGUAAGCACUGCAAUUGUAUCAAUCCCCCAAAAUCCUGCUUUAUCCAGGUAUUGUGAAAACAGCCUAGUACUCCAAUUCUGACUCAUGUAUUUCUCUCUCUCUCUCAAUUCAGUGGUGCUUUAUUGGCAUGGGAAAAAUAUAUGUUUACAUUGCCAAUGCAGGUGAAAUACAGAAUAAACAAAACUGAGAAGAAACAAAUGUAGCAACAUCAACAAAAAACGAUUUGAGAUUAACAGUAAACAUUCCACUCAAAAAGGUUUAAAAAAGAUAAAGACAUUUCCAGUGUUAUAUUAUGAACUAUGUACAGUGUUUUAGCAAUUUGCAAAUAGUUGUAGUACGAAUAGGGGGGGGGAAGAUAAAUAAACAGAUACAGUGCAUUCGGAAAGUAGUCAGACCUCUUGACUUUUUCCACAUUUUGUUAUGUUACAGCCUUAUUCUAAAAUUGAUUAAAUUGUUUUUUUCCCUCAUCAAUCUACACACAACAGCCUCGAGUCUUCUUGGGUAUGACGCUACAAGAUGGCACACCUGUAUUUGGGGAGUUUCUCCCAUUCUUCUCAGCAGAUCCUCUCAAGCUCUGUCAGGUUGGAUGGGGAGCGUCGCUGCACAGCUAUUUUCAGGUCUCUCCAGUGAUGUUCAAUCCAAUUGAAGUCCGGGCUCUGGCUGGGCCACUCAAGGACAUUCAGAGACUUGUCCCGAAGCCGCUCCUGUGUUGUCUUGGCUGUGUGCUUAGGGUCAUUGUACAGUUGGAAGAUGAACCUUCGCCCCAGUCUGAGGUCCAGAGCGCUAUGGAGCAGGUUUUCAUCAAGGAUCUCUCUGUACUUUGCUCCAUUCAUCUUUCCCUUGAUCCUGACAAGUUUCCCAGAGCCUGCCACUGAAAAACAUCCCCACAGCAUGAUGCUGCCACCACCAUACUUCACCGUAGGGAUUGUGCCAGGUUUCCUCCAGAUGUGACGCUUGGUAUUCAGGCCAAAGAGUUCACUCUUGGUUUCAUCAGACCAGAGAAUCGUGUUUCUCAUGGUCUGAGAGUCCUUUAGGUGCCUUUUGGCAAACUCCAAGUGGGCUGUCAUGUGCCUUUUACUGAGGAGUAGCUUCCGUCUGGCCACUCUACCAUAAAGGUCUGAUUGGUGGUAUGCUGCAGAGAUGGUUGUCCUUCUGGAAGGUUCUCCCAUCUCCACAGAGGAACUCAGGAGAUCUGUCAGAGUGACCAUCGGGUUCUUGGUCACCUCCCUGACCAAGGCUCUUCUCCCUCGAUUGCUCAGUUUGGCCGGGUGGCCAGCUCUAGGAAGAGUCUUUGUGGUUCCAAACUUCUUCCAUUUAAGAAUGCUGGAGGCCACUGUGUUCUUGGGGCCUUCAAUGAUGCAAAAAUGUUUUGUACCCAUCCCCAGAUCUGUGCCUCGACACAAUCCUGUCUUUGAGCUCGACGGACAAUUCCUUCGACCUCAUGGCUUGGUUUUUGCUCUGACAUGCACACCUUAUAUAGACAGAUGUGUGCUUUUCCAAAUCAUGUCCAAUCAAGUUGUAGAAACAUCUCAAGGAUGAUCAAUGGAAACAGGAUGCACCUCAGCUCAAAUUCGAGUCUCAUAGCAAAGGGUCUGAAUAUUUAUGUAAAUAAGGUAUUUCUAUUUUUAAAUUUGCAAACACAGCUUUGUCAUUAUGGGAUAUUGUGUGUAGAUUGACGAGGACAAUUUUUUAUUUAAUCCAUUUUAAAACAAGGCUGUAACGUAACAAUGUGGAAAAAGGGAAGGGGUCUGAAUGCUUUCCCAAUGCACUGUAAGUAUAUGUGCCAUUUACAAUGUUGUUUGUGCGCCACUGGUUGCCCUUUUCUCAUGGCAAUGGGACACAAAUCUUUCUGCUGUGAUUGCACGUUGUGGUAUUUCACCUAACAUUUAUUUUUCAAUGUUGGAUUUGUUUUCAAAUUCUUUGUGGGUCUGUGUGAUAUGUGGGAAAUAUGUGUCUCUAAAGUGGUCAUACAUUUGGCAGGAGGUUAGGAAGUGCAGCUCUGUUUCCACCUCAUUUGUGGACAGUGGGCACAUAUCCUGCCUUCUCUUGAGAGCCAGGUCUGCCUAUGGUGACCUCUUAAUAGGAAGGCUAUGCUCACUGAGUCUUUACAUAGUCAAGGAUUUUCAUAAUUUUGGGUCAGUCACAGUGCUCAGGUAUUCUGCCACUGUGUACUUCUGUGGCGGUCGGUGCCAUUUAAGAUGAGGGAGAAUGAAUAUUUUUUUUAUGAACAUGGCCUUAUUUCUAUUACAGAUUUUUGGAAGACCCAUUAUGAGGUUGCUACAACCUAGCCUAUUAAUGACAGUUUACAACGUAGGUGCACAGGUCGAGAUACAUUUUUAGUACCUAAGCAUUUGACAACAAUUUUGGGGUCUUUAUACACACACAGUGGUGUGGGACUCUGAGUAAGCACAGUACCGGUGUUUACUGACUACGGUAGCCGUAAUGCUGCAAGCGGUGCGGCUUUGUAGUUUACCAGUCGUACUGAAACAUUUCAUUAUUAUUAAAUCGUUUUUUUGGUUUUUCAUACUGAAACAUUUUGACAGAGCGCCUUGAGCGCCGUGUGCAACCAGUAUGGAUCAACCAAUUGAUCCAUAUAAGGCGCUCCGGAUUAUAAGGCGCACUGUCGUUUAUUGAGAAAAUUAAAGGCUUUUAAGUGUGCCUUAUAGUGCGGAAAAUACGGUAAUCAAGGUGACAGACAGUGACACAUUCAAAACCACCUUGCACACUCUUGCCUGCAUAUAGCUGAUCUAGGGUGUAAUCAUUAGUCCAACAGUUGCAAACAAGAGUUUCUAUUAGACAAAUGUUUAUCCCCGUUUCGCUCCGCUUGCUUCUGUUUAAGAAACGUUUUUCAACAGAAUCGGCGCAAUGAAUACACCCCUGAUCACACGCAAACACAGUUCACUUUCAUAACAGACACAAACAGCUCAUUGUAUAUAUGUGACCGACCACCUCGAUUGGGUCUUAUGUAGCAACAUUCGAAAUUGUGUUUUUUACAUUGGAUAAAAGUAGAGACUCAGAGCUAUAUAAUGGUAUAUCAUACACAGUUGAGGAACAAUGGGAAAAUAAUUCUGCUUUGAAAGUUGAUAGUUGAGGCCAUGUGCUGAACAGGGUGAGUAAGGUAGCGUAGUAAACAACCAAAGAUUUAAAGACUAAAAGUGGUGAAAGUAGUAGCCUACAAUAAGGAAAAACUCCAGGUUAAAAUAAACUUGAUCUAGUCCUUGGCCUAUAUCCUAAUCUGACGUUGGUGCAGGUCAUGUUCUUCACAUUACCAUCUCUGGUAAACACACACUAUAUCAAAUAAAAUCCAAAUGUAUUUGUCACAUGCACAGGAUACAGAAGGUGUAAACGGUACCGUGAAAUGGUUACUUGCAUAGUAGCAAUAUCAAAAAUAGAAUGUGUCCAGAUAAAAAUAUUAUAUAAUUAUUAGAUGAUGCUUACCCAGUCACGCUUUUCUAAAUUGAUGGGUCGUGAAAUAAAUGCUAUAACCACCCCCCAGCCACAUCUAGCUAAGUGGAUGGGUCACUAUUGUCUAGACAUAUGCACAUGGUAGCAAGGUUUAUGUACACAUACUGAGCGGCUCAUGUUAUAGACAGAAGCGUGCUACAUGGCAGACCAAUCCGAACUAAUCUUUCAGCAUGUCCAGCCCAUCCAUUAUCUCAGCUAAUCAUGGCUAGCAGGAAGGUUCAUGUCUUUUUCCGUGGCUAAACCAACUAGGCUCGUAAUUUAACAAUUUUAUUUGUAUUUACAGAUGUCAUACAAGUUUGUUUCUUCAGGCACAUGAAAGUUCACAUGUUCCAGAAGGAAUUUCUGCCCAAAAUUGCAUUUUGACUCUUAAAUCCCUCUCCUGUGAAGUAGAGACGUGCGACAGACGCCUAGCUUCUUGAAACGGGUCACCUAUAAUUCCUUCUCGCAUAUAUCUAUGCCCUCUCCUCCUUUCACCUUUUCCCUUCGCUUGUGGACUUCAGUGCACACCACAUCAGCUGUCUGUGACCAGCCGAAAAAACCUUUCCAAGCCAAACCUUCAUAUCAUAACUGCUAACCGCUUCACACAGCCUACAUUGUUGUCACGUCACAGUCAACAUAGCUACUAUAACUAACGCGUUAGUUAACCUGCCUACAAUGAUGCAGUACAGUGUAGUCAGCAGCAAUCCAAUUUAAGCAGUUACACCGGCGGCCCCGGUGGAAAUAAAUUAAUAAAACCAUAAGCUUUCCUUGACUUGGAAGAGUUCCAGUGUUGGAUAGCCAUAGCCAGCUAGCUAACAUAGUAUCCCUCAGUUCAUGCUGCAAGAGUUCUGAUAGGUUGGAGGACGUCCUCCGGAAGUUGUCAUAAUUACUGUGUAAGUCUAUGGAAGGGGGUGAGAACCAAGCGCCUCCUAGGCUUUGUAUUGAAUUCAAUGUAUUCAGAGGAGGACAGAAGCUAGCUGUCCUCCAGCUACACCAUGGUGCUACUCUACAGAGUGCUGUUGAAGCUACUGUAGACCUUCAUUGCAAAACAGUGUGUUUUAAUCAAUUAUUUGGUGACGUGAAUAUAUUUAGUAUAGUUUUAUCUAAAAAGGAUAACUUUUUUAACGUUUCACUAUUUACAUUUUUCUGAAUUCACUGAGGAGGAUGGUCCUCCCCUUCCUCCUCUGAGGAGCCUCCACUGGUGUACUCUCUGUUUAGGGCCUGAUAGCAUUCCAAUUUGCUCCGUUUUUUGGUUGAUUCUUUCCAGUGUGUCAAAUAGUUAUCUUUUUGCAUUCUUUGCUUUGUGUUGCUGUCCUGGGGCUCUUUGGGGUCUGUUUGUGUUUGUGGUGGAAUGUUUGGGCAUCGCUUCCUUUUAGGUGGUUGUAGAAGUUAACAGCUCUUUUCUGGAUUUUGAUAACUAUAGUCAUAACCUAUCUCGCUCGCUCGCUCUCUCUCGCUCUCUCUCGCUCUCUCUAUCUCUCUUGCUCUCUCUAUCUAUCUCCCCCCUUCCCUCUCUCACUCCCCCUUCCCUCCCUCCUCUCUAGAUGCCGUGGCCUCGAACCCCUACAGAGCGAGUGUUGAUGGAGCUGUUUGAGGGGAACGCUGCCCAGUUCCUGGCGAUAGUGGAAGCUCUGUGGGACACCUCCCGCCGCCCACUACAGACAGGCAUGCCUGAGGAGCCAGAGAUACAGGAGGUCUCCCUGGAACUCAUGUCUGCAGGCAUCAGUAUACUGUCUGGUUAGUACUGUACUUACAGUGCAUUCAGAAAGUAUUCAGACCCAUUGACUUCCACAUUUUGUUACAUUACAGCCUUAUUCUAAAAUUGAUGAAAUAAAAUGUUUUCCUCAUCAAUCUACACACAAUACCCCAUAAUGACAAAGCGAAAACAGGUUUAUAGACAUUUUUGCAAAUAAAAAUUAAAUAAAAAACAGAAAUACCUUUGCUAUGAGACUCGAAAUUAAAUCAGGUGCAUCCUGUUUCCAUUGAUCAUCCUUGAGAUGUUUCUACAACUUGAUUGGAGUCCACAUGUGGUAAAUUCAAUUGAUUGGACAUGAUUUUGAAAGGCACACACCUGUCUAUAUAAGGUCCCACAGUUGACAGUGUAUGUCAGAGCAAAAAUCAAGCCCUGAGGUCGAAGGAAUUGUCCGUGGAGCUCCGAGGCAGGGUUGUGUCGAGGCACAGAUCUGGGGUAGGGUACCAAAAAUGUUUUGCAGCAUUGAAUGCCCCAAAGAACACAGUGGCCUCCAUCAUUCUUAAAUGGAAGAAGUUUGGAACCACCAAGUGUCACACCCUGGUGCUGGGACUCUUUGCUGAUUGCCAUUCUCCAGCAGAUCUCUUAGGAUGAUUUGCUCCUCAACAGGACUUCAAGUAAAUUUGUUGGUUAAUCGGGAGGAGCCACUCCGGCCUUAAUGCUUUGAGCCCUGUGACGUGGGUUGUUGGGAUAUUGUCAUGCUGAAAGACCCAGCCACGUGUUCAUCUUCAAUGCCCUGUGAUGGAAGGAGGUUUUCUCAAAAUUCACGUACAUGCCCCAUUAUUCUUCCUUACACGGAUCAGCGUAUGGUCCCUUUGCAGAAAACAGCCCCAAGCAUGAUGUUUCCCCCAUGCUUCACAGUAGGUAUGGUGUUCUUGGAUGCAAUCAGCAUUUGUGUCUCCAACCACGACAAGUUAGUUUUUACCAAAAAGUUUAUUUUGGUUUAUCUGACAUAGACAUUCAAUCCUCUUCUGAUCAUCAAAUGCACUUAGCAAACUUCAGCGGGCCUGGACAUGUACUGGCUAAGACGGGGGACACGUCUGGCACUACAGGAUUUGAGUCCCUGGCGGCGUAGUGUGUUACUGAUGGUAGGCUUUGUUACUUUGGUCCCAGCUCUCUGCAGGUCAUUCAUUAGGUCCCCCCGUGUGGUUCUGGGAUUUUUGCUCACCGUUCUUGUGAUCAUUUUGACCCCACGGGGUGAGAUCUUGCGUGGAGCCCCAGAUCGAGGGAGAUUAUCAGUGGUCUUGUAUGUCUUCCAUUUCUAAUAAUUGCUCCCACAGUUGAUUUCUUCAAACCAAGCUGCUUACCUAUUGCAGAUUCAGUCUUCCCAGCCUGGUGCAGGUCUACAAUUUUGUUUCUGGUGUCCUUUGACAGCUCUUUGGUCUUGGCCAUAGUGGAGUUUGGAGUGUGACUGUUUGAGGUUGUGGACAGGUGUCUUUUAUACUGAUAACAAGUUCAAACAGGUGCCAUUAAUACAGGUAACGAGUGUAGGACAGAGGAGCCUCUUAAAGAAGAAGUUACUGAUCUGUGAGAGCCAGAAAUCUUGCUUGUUUGUAGGUGACCAAAUACUUAUUUUCCACCAUAAUUUGCAAAUAAAUUCAUAAAAAAUCCUACAAUGUGAUUUUCUGGAUAUUUUUUUCUCAUAGUUGACGUGUACCUAUGAUGAAAAUUACAGGCCUCUCUCAUCUUUUUAAGUGGGAGAACUUGCACAAUUGGUGGCUGACUAAAUGCUUUUUUCCCCCACUGUAUCUAUGCCCUCUCCUCCUUUCACCUUUUCCCUUCGCUUGUGGACUUCAGUGCACAACACAUCAGCUGCCUGUGACCAGCCCAAAAAACCUUUCCAAGCCAAACCUUCAUAUCAUGACUGCUAACCGCUUCACACAGCCUACAUCGUUGUCACGUCACAGUCAACAUAGCUACUAUAACUAACGCGUUAGUUAACCCGCUACAAUGAUGCAGUACAGUGUAGUCAGCAGCAAUCAAUUUAGCAGUUACACCGGCGGCCCCGGUGGAAAUAAAUUAAUAAAACCAUAAGCUUUCCUUGACUUGGAAGAGUUCCAGUGUUGGAUAGCCAUAGCCAGCUAGCUAACAUAGCAUCCCUCAGUUCAUGCUGCAAGAGUUCUGAUAGGUUGGAGGACGUCCUCCGGAAGUUGUCAUAAUAACUGGAAGGGGGUGAGAACCAAGAGCCUCCUAGGCUUUGUAUUGAAUUCAAUGUAUUCAGAGGAGGACAGAAGCUAGCUAUCCUCCAGCUACACCAUGGUGCUACUCUACAGAGUGCUGUUGAAGCUACUGUAGACCUUGAUUGCAAAACAGUGUGUUUUAAUCAAUUAUUUGGUGACGUGAAUAUAUUUAGUAUAGUUUUAUCUAAAAAGGAUAACUUUUUUAACGCUUCACUAUUUACAUUUUUCUGAAUUCACUGAGGAGGAUGGUCCUCCCCUUCCUCCUCUGAGGAGCCUCCACUGGUGUACUCUAUGUUUAGGGCCAGAUAGCAUUCCAAUUUGCUCAGUUCUUUGGUUGAUUCUUUCCAGUGUUUCAAAUAGUUAUCUUUUUGCAUUUUUUGCUUUGUGUUGCUGUCCUGGGGCUCUUUGGGGUCUGUUUGUGUUUGUGGUGGAAUGUUUGGGCUUCGCUUCCUUUUAGGUGGUUGUAGAAGUUAACAGCUCUUUUCUGGAUUUUGAUAACUAUAGUCAUAAUCUAUCUAUCUCGCUCGCUCUCUCUCGCUCUCUCUAUCUCUCUUGCUCUCUCUAUCUAUCUCCCCCCUUCCCUCUCUCACUCCCCCUUCCCUCCCUCCUCUCUAGAUGCCGUGGCCUCGAACUCCUACAGAGCGAGUGUUGAUGGAGCUGUUUGAGGGGAACGCUGCCCAGUUCCUGGCGAUAGUGGAAGCUCUGUGGGACACCUCCCGCCGCCCACUACAGACAGGCAUGCCUGAGGAGCCAGAGAUACAGGAGGUCUCCCUGGAACUCAUGUCUGCAGGCAUCAGUAUACUGUCUGGUUAGUACUGUACUUACAGUGCAUUCAGAAAGUAUUCAGACCCAUUGACUUCCACAUUUUGUUACAUUACAGCCUUAUUCUAAAAUUGAUGAAAUACAUUUUUUUCCUUAUCAAUCUACACACAAUACCCCAUAAUGACAAAGCGAAAACAGGUUUAUAGACAUUUUUGCAAAUAAAAAUAAAAUAAAAAACAGAAAUACCUUUGGUAUGAGACUCGAAAUUAAAUCAGGUGCAUCCUGUUUCCAUUGAUCAUCCUUGAGAUCUUUCUACAACUUGAUUGGUUGGAGUCCACCUGUGGUAAAUUCAAUUGAUUGGACAUGAUUUUGAAAGGCACACGCCUGUCUAUAUAAGGUCCCACAGUUGACAGUGCAUGUCAGAGCAAAAAUCAAGCCCUGAGGUCGAAGGAAUUGUCCGUGGAGCUCCGAGGCAGGGUUGUGUCGAGGCACAGAUCUGGGGUAGGGUACCAAAAAUGUUUUGCAGCAUUGAAUGCCCCGAAGAACACAGUGGCCUCCAUCAUUCUUAAAUGGAAGAAGUUUGGAACCACCAAGACUCUUCCUAGAGCUGGCCUCCCAGCCAAACUGAGCAACCGGUGGAGAAGGGCCUUGGUCAGGGAGGUGACCAAGAACCCGAUGGUCACUCUGACAGAGCUCCAGAGUUCCUCUAUGGAGAUGGGAGAACCUUCCAGAAGGACAACCAUCUCUGCAGCACUCCACCAAUCAGGCCUUUAUGGUAGAGUGGCCAGACAGAAGCCACUCCUCAGUAAAAGGUACAUGACAGCCCACUUGGAGUUUGCCAAAAGGCACCUAAAGACUCUCAGACCAUGAGAAAGAAGAUUCUCUGGUCUGAUGAAACCAAGAUUGAACUCUUUGGCCUGAAUGCCAAGCGUCACGUCUGGAGGCAACCUGGCACCAUCCCUACGGUGAAGUAUGGUGGUGGCAGCAUCAUGCUGUGGGGAUGUUUUUUAGUGGCAAGGACUGGGAGACUAGUCAGGAUCGAGGGAAAGAGAGAUCCUUGAUGAAAACCUGCUCCAGAGCACUCAGGACCUCAGACUGGGGCGAAGGUUCACCUUCCAUCAGGACAAUGACCCUAAGCACACAGCCAAGACAAUGCAGGAGUGGCUUCGGGACAAGUCUCUGAAUGACCUUGAGUGGCCCAGCCAGAACCCGAACUUGAACCCGAUUGAACAUCUCUGAAGAGACCUGAAAAUAUCUGUGCAGUGACACUCCCCAUCCAACCUGACAGAGCUUGAAAGAAUCUGCAGAGAAGAAUGGGAGAAACUCCCCAAAUACAGGUGUGCCAAGUUUGUAGCGUCAUACCCAAGAAGACUCGAGGCUGUUGUGUGUAGAUUGAUGAGGGAAAAAAACAAUUGAAUCAAUUUUAGAAUAAGGCUGUAACUUAACAAAAUGUGGAAAAAGUCAAGGGGUCUGAAUACUUUCCGAAUGCACUGUAUCUGUUUAUUUAUCUUCCCCCACUAUUCGUACUACAACUAUUUGCUAUAAUCGCUGCCAAAGGUGCUUCAACAAAGUAAAGGGUUUGAAUACUUUUGUAAAUGUGAUAUUUCCGUUUUUUAUUUUUAAUACAUUGCUUUUUAAUACAUUGCUUUGUCAUUAUUGGGUAUUGUGUGUAGAUUGAUGAGGGGGGAAAAGUAUUUAAUCAUUUUUAGAAUAAGGCUGUAACGUAACAAAAAAAGGGGUCUGAAUACUUUCCAAAUGCACUUUAUAUAACCAUUAUCCAGGUUAGUCUCAUUGAGAUUAAGAAUCUAUUUUGCAAGAGAGAUCCUUUAGCCCACACACUCAUAGGCUAGCUUCAUUAGACUACGCAUCAUUAGUCUCACAGUGGCUGUUGGACAAGACUACAAUUGAUUGGACUUAUUGAGAUUUGAUGCUGUUUCCCUUCAUUGUAUGUUUAGGAAUUGGAGGCUCCACUGAGCGAGCCAGGGAUGACACUCUCCCCACCUGUUUAAAUGCAGUGACAGCCAACGUUACUCUGAUGGACAUGGCUGCUGCUGGUGAGAACUUUGGAGUACUGUCUUUCCAUAUUAGC